UUUCAUCUUACCUGUUCCUCGAUCCAGCCGCGCGCUGUCUUCCCGGCUUCUGUAAUGGCGUUUCGGCAUGACAGCCGGGUGCCCAGUGCGCAUGAGCGAGAAGCACUUGCGCUUUGUGAUUGGUCCGGCGGCUUCUGGGAUCGGUCAUGUGUCCCAGGUACCGCCUUACCAUUGACAAAAAAGCACCGCGCAUGCACACUUGGCACCUGGCUGUCAUGCCCAGUGCCCACACUACAGAAGCCGGGAAGACAGCACGCCGCUGGAUAGAGGAACAGGUAAGGUCCCGCUGCAGAGCUGA